UCCUCCUCCUCCUCCUCCUCCUCCUCCUCCUCCUCCUCCUCCUCCUCCUCCUCCUCCUCCUCCUCCUCCUCCUCCUCCUCCUCCUCCUCCUCCUCCUCCUCCUCCUCCUCCUCCUCCUCCUCCUCCUCCUCCUCCUCCUCCCUCUUGGGACACGAGGCUCAGAUCUAA